AGGACAAGAUGUCAGAAAAAAUUAAUACGGUCAAUGCUAAUGGCACAAAUUUAAAUAUACCCCCACUUAAUGUGGCCAUUAUUGGAGGUGGAUUAGUUGGUUCAUUGGCCGCUUUAAAUUUUGCUCGCAAUGGACACAAAGUUGAUUUAUAUGAAUAUCGUGAAGACAUUCGAACAGCCGAACUGGUGCAGGGUCGUAGUAUAAAUUUAGCUCUUUCACAGAGAGGACGCAAGGCAUUAGCUGAGGUGGGCCUAGAAGAUGUGGUGCUGUCAACAGCCAUACCAAUGCGUGGUCGUAUGUUGCAUGACAUUAAGGGUCAAACCUCCGUGGUCCUAUAUGACCCUUGUACCAACCAAUGCCUCUACUCGGUGGGUCGUAAACAUUUAAAUGAAAUUUUAUUAAAUGCUGGUGAAAAAUUCCCCAACAUACAGUAUCACUUUCGCCACAAACUGAAAACGGCAAAUCUUCAAGAGGGUUCCAUGCGUUUUCAAUGCGACUAUGGGGACCAGCCAUUGGCCGAAGCUACAGCUGAUCUUAUUGUUGGCUGUGAUGGCGCCUUUAGUGCGGUACGCCAACAAAUGUCCAAGACAUUGGGCUUCAAUUUCUCACAGGAGUAUAUUGAACAUGGCUAUUUGGAAUUGUGUAUUCCCGCCAAGAAUGGUGAAUUCCAAAUGCCACCAAAUUAUUUACACAUUUGGCCUAGGAAUGAAUUUAUGAUGAUUGCCCUGCCGAAUCAAGAUAAGUCAUUUACGGUUACUUUGUCAAUGCCCUUUAAAGUAUUUGCUGGUAUUACAACACCCAAGGAGUUGUUGGAAUUUUUCCAUAAAUAUUAUUGUGAUGCUGUGCCAUUGAUUGGCGAGGAGUUGCUCAUCAAGGAUUUCUUUAAGUCCAAACCGCAGUUUUUGUUGUCGAUUAAGUGCGACCCCUUCCACUUUGCCGACAAGGCUCUCCUGCUGGGUGAUGCUGCCCACGCCAUGGUCCCCUAUUAUGGACAAGGUAUGAAUGCGGCCAUGGAAGAUUGUACUCUUCUCUUCUCCAUUCUUCGUGAACCAAAUAUGACAAUAGGCAAAGCGCUGGAAACUUUCACAGAUCGGCGUGUCAAGGAUGCCCAUGCCAUUUGUGAUCUGGCCAUGUAUAAUUAUGUCGAAAUGCGUGAUUUGACAAAACGUUUCUCGUUCAAGUGUCGUAAAUUUUUGGACACUACCCUAUUUCGUUUCUUUCCCAACUUUUGGGUGCCACUCUACAAUAGUGUCUCUUUUACCAGUAUGCCGUAUAGUAAGUGUAUAGCUAAUCGUAAAUGGCAGGAUGAGGUUUUAACAAAGGUCUGGUACACAGUAUUGUCAUCAACGGUGUUAUUAGUUGGAGCCGUUUAUUUAGUUAAAAAUAAUUAA